UAUGAUAUAUGAAUUAGUGAUAUGUGUACUGUGGGUACGGACAAUUAAUUUUUGUCUAACUUUUGGGGUGUAUAGUGUAUGUGCUUGAAUUGGUGAUAGGUAUGCAUGUGCCUAGGUUAGUUUGGAUGUGUAGAGCCUGAGCUGGUAGAGUGUGUGUGUGUGUGUGUGUGUGUGUGUGUGUGCAUCCAAUUAAUUUGUGUGUUUGUAUAUGUGCAAUUGUAUCACAUCCUCCUGUCUAACAGCACAAUAUGGAGAUCCUGAGAGUUGGCCUGACCCCACAGGGCAACACUGGCAUAUCAGCGCUGCUCAGUGCCCCACAUCCUGGUAAGCCAAGGGGGCAGGGGCAGCUCUGAUUUUUUCUAUGACAGAAAAACCAAAAGGAAAUGCAAAAGUGUAUAGAUAUUUAGACUUCAUUUUAUUAUGAUGAUAGAGGCAUUGGUAGGUUUCCAAAUUUCUUUAUAUUUACAAUUUUAUCAAUGAAACAUUGCCCAACUGAUUUCUCUCUCUAUAUAGCAGUGUUUCAUUUUAAUCAUGGAAGAACACAGAUUUUGGAUAUUUUAGUGAGAGAAUUUGGAUAUUUUUAUCAGAGAAUUUGCAAUUUUUAAACAGAGAACACCAGGAUUUCUUCUGGUGAGACAAGCGGCAAGACUCGGGCAGAGGACCCUGCCCAAGGCCAGCACUGGGGACCCAGCUGGAGGGCAGACAAAGUGGCUGACCUGGCCAUUUGGGGCCAGGAGGACACGCUUUGACAGUUCAAAGUGGGCCACUGUGACGAGCACAUCUUCUGGGUGAUAGCUGCCCAGAUGGCAGGGUGGGGGUACCAGAAGACAUAACAGCAGUUUCUCAUGAAGGCCAACUGUGCAGACACAGCCCCCUUGCAGCUGGCCCAGAGGUGAAGGAUGCUCUGCUGCAGUGCCCAUACCACAGUUCAGGCAGCAGUGAGGUCCCUGUCCUGGUCUGGCAGGUGUGCAGUCAUGGGGCUGCAGGCUGUCACAGGUGGCAGCAGGUGACAGCCAGGUAGCAGCCCCUAUUGCCAGACUGCUGCAGUGGGUAGAUGGUGCAGGGGCCACUCUAGGUUAGGACUGCUUUAGCAGUCCAGCUGGCACAAGGUGCUAGUGUCCCCAGAUACCAACUGGCCUCAGAAGCUCCUGAGGGCAAGUAGUCCUGAGCUGCUUGCCAGGGAAGCUUUUUAUAUUGCUGUGCUGGCCCCAGACUCUAGGUCCCCUGGGCUGAAGAUCCCAGAGCAGCUGGGCAGGGUCAGGUUUGCCCCAAGUGGCACAAUUUACACCACACCAAAGUACAUGUUCAGGCACAUAUGCUGAGACACAAAUCUCCAGCACAAAUUUUUGCCACUGCUAUUUGAGCUGCUGCAAGUGCACGUGCCUGCAUGUGUGGAUGCUCCCUGUGGACACAUCCACAUGUGUGUAGACGUUUGGUCCCCCAGGGACAACUAGCAGUGAUGCACCUUGCACCAGCACUGUGCUGGCCCUAGCAGCCUUACCUGGGGUUUCGGGGGCCUCCCGGGGCCUGCAGAGGUUGUGAUCCUGCUGUGCAGCGUUUGGCUGGCAGCAGAGUAUGGUUCUGGGUGGCCUGGCUCUACUUUUCAGCAGCACUCACUGCCCCAGCAUACACUGCACUGUUUGUUUUUUCUGUGGGUUUUUUUUGACCCCUGGCAGCAUCCUAGAAUGUGCUAUUGGUAAAGAAGAAGGUCCCUCGCCCCAGCUAACUACUGGUUUAAGGAACUCUACUGCCAAAAGUGUAAUAUAUAGGGACAUAUCCAAGCAGUGUGCUGUGCAAAAAAGAAAUAAGGAAGAGAACAGAAUGCAGGAUAGAAUGUUGAAUAAUAAUGUACUUAUAAUAGCUAGGGGCAGGAGUGAUACAACUAAUGAGAGUAGCUAAUGAGAGUAGAGUAGCUAAUUUGGGUCUAUAUAAUGUGGACAAGGUGAUAAAUCAAUCGUUUGGCUGACACUUGGGUUGCAGGGAAAAUGCUUAAAAUGGAGUUUAAGAAAAGAUCAUGCCAAUGGAGGGGGUUAUGUCAGUAGAAUAUAUGAAUAAGAAGCAAUGCCUCUUAGACCUAUAGGUCACUGAAGAAGGGAGGACAUGUGGGAUCAUGAAUGGUUAAAAGAGAUUCCUCUGGACAGGGAUUCUGUAAAAAUGCUGCAGACACUUUUGAAGGUCCCUGAAAAAACAGUUGAACAAGUUAGAAACUGUAUUAAAGCAGGCUUCUAAGGUGCUCAAGGCAAGCAAACUUUCAAAUGUAGCCUGGAGUGAGUAGGACAAGUCUAUAAUAUGAGGCAGUAAGGGUGUGUGGAGACUAAAAAUUAUGGUACACCUUCUACUGAAAGUUGCUAAACAUCCCUGUGACAAUGGCAGCUCAGGCUGCCACUGCAGCUGUCACAGGCGGUGACAGGGUGGACCUUGGCUUCGGAUCACCUGGUCUGCCAGGAAGCUGGUCUUAUGUUUCUUGUUUGCCAUGACUUUGAUGAUAUUAUAUUGCUGGGAGGCAAUGCCCAAGGUGAUCCUACCAAGUUUCAACCCGUUUUUUUCUGUGGGGCUCCAAACCUCCCCUUUAUCCGACCCUAGCCUCUCCAGAUGGAACUCGUAGCUCUCUGCAGCCAGAUCUUAAUGCUACCUGUUGCUCUACUGUUCUGCCCGCAGCCACCAGGGUGACCGUAAACUUCCAAGGGCCGGCCUUGGCCCGUACUCCAAUAUUCAAAGAAAGCAAAACCUGACUGCUCUCAGUCUCUUAGACUCAGUCCAUGUCCCCUUCACCUGGGGCCUGUACUCUAAUAUCCAAAAGAAAGCAAAACCCGACUCUCUCAGUCUCUUAGUCAGACCCAGUCCAUGUCCCCUUCAGCUGGGGUCAGGCUCUCAUGUCCAAAUCACAACAAAAAAAACAUUUAAUCCAGUCACUGCUCUGCACAGGCCUGCCCUGGCUUACUCAUGAGUGUUCACAGUCCCAGUGGGAUCUCUCCCAUGUGCAGCAAGGCUCUAACCUGAGAACAGCAAUUCUUCUGGCCUCUCUCCCAGAUCCUGAUCUGUCUCUGCUCCAGGGAUUAUCAGAAGCCCUGUGUGGGCAGGCCUCUGCCUGCCUCCUUCUCUGGGUCACACAGGCAGAGUUGCUCCAGCAGGGUGUGCAACACUUGCCUGCUGAAUGCUUAGCUGUUUCUCUCUCUGUAGCUUGCAGGGAAUCAACCCCCUGCUGCCCCUCUCUGGGGCCAGAAAUACCUCUGAGCAGCUUUCCUUCUCCAAUCCGUAGCGAGAUACUGCUCUGGAAGUGUGGUGAUUGCUUCUCUUCCCUUCUGGUCUCCAGCUACAGCCCUACCAGCCACCUAUGCUAAAAUCACCUCCAACAUGGAGCUAGAAGCAGAUAAUGGAAGGACGCUCCCUGCCCUGACUGUCUUCUCAGAGAGUCUGUGUUACAUGAAGGACCAUGCCCUAAAAACCAUUGGGGAGGCCUCAUUCCAAACUGCCUGUGAGCCGGAGGAUGUCACUUGGGUUGUUACUGUUCCAGCCAUAUGGGAUGCCUCUGCCAGACAGUUCAUGCGAUUGGCAGCAAAAGAGGCGGGGCUUAUCACUGACAUGUUUUCAGAGAAGCUCAUCAUUGUCUUGGAACCAGAGGCUGCAUCUGUCUGGUGCAAGCAGCUCCCUCAGUAUGGGUUUGUGGCAGAAGGUAGCUACAGAGAGAAGUUUGAAGAGUCACCUGGGACUCAGUACAUUGUUGUUGAUUGUGGAGGGGGUACAAUAGACAUCACGGUGCAUGAAAUCCAACAGAGUAAAACCCUAAAGGAAUUGCAUAAGGCAUCUGGAGGUGGAUGGGGAGGGAACACAGUGGAUGAAAACUUCAAAGACUUCCUGAGGGGAAUAUUCUACGGAGGAAUAUGGGAUGAAUACAUAAAAAAAUAUCCAACAGAAUUCCAUCAAAUGAUGUACAACUUUGGCCUCCAAAAAUGUUCUUCUAGUAGAGAUGAUGUCUACCUCCAUUGCUACUCCAACCUAAUAAGAGUGGCUGAACAGAAGCAAGACAUCUCUCUCUUCUUCAAUGGUGUGGAAGGAACUCAUUGGCAUGAUGGGAUCAUCAUGAUUACGUAUGAGAAAAUGAAGAGCUUUUUUGCGUACAGCACUGGGAAAAUCAUUGGUGCUUUGAAGGAAAUCCUCAGGAAACCUGAGAUGGCUACAAUCCAGUAUAUUUUGCUUGUUGGGGGAUUUGCCUCCAGCAUUAUUCUGAGGGAUGAGAUCUACCACACAUUCAGUGAGCGCUACUCUAUCCUGUGUCCCAUGGAAGCCCAGGCAGCCAUUGUUAAGGGGGCUGUUUUGUUUGGGCACAAUUCACAAAUUGCUGUCUCAAGAAUCAGUGCACGGACAUAUGGAGUAGCGGUAUCCCGUGCAUUUGAUGCAGCUGUCCACGAUGAACGGAAAAAGAGAGUCUCACAAAUCAAUAAUUAUGUGUACUGCACAGACCUCUUUAUGAAAUUGGUAGGAAUUGGGGAUUUGGUAAAGAUAGAUGAAGCUGCCCAUUACACUUUCACUCCUGUGGAACCAGAUCAGACAAGAAUGUGUAUUCAGUUCUACUGUACAGAAAAGGAGGAUGCAAAGUACAUAGAUGAGGAAGGGAUGAAAAUGCUUGGCUCCUGUACUGUACCAAUGCCAAACCCAGAGCUGGGGAGAAAGCGCCAGGUGAGACUGGAUGUUAAAUUUGGGCUGACAGAGUAAGGCCACAGUUACCAAUCUGACUUCCAAUCAAAGUCGGACAGUUAUGAUAGAUUUUUUAACAAUGUAAAGAAUCCACAGUUCACAAAGUAGUAGGGAUGAUGACUGAGGGACUCCUCAAUUAGAAUAUUCAGGCUACUAUGGUUGAUGUAGUCAAGUAAAAUUACUUAUCUCAGUUGUUCUCAAACUUUUGGCCCUGUGGGCUGGAUCAGACUAUCUGUGGGCCAGACCAGGGCCUGGGCCCAACACCGCACUCUCCCUGCCCCACAUGCCAGGAUUGGGUUUUAGGGAUCAGACAUCAUUCCCUCCCACCCCUGGCUUGGACACCAGGGAGUUGGUACCACCCCCUUCCAGCCCCACCAAUUGGGAUUGGGUGCUCCCCAUGGAUCCUGCUACCUGGUGUGCCAUACUAAACCAUACCUGUUCUCCUUCACCCUAUGUACUUCUUGCAGUUGUAUCUUCUAAUACUGUGAUUUUGCAGUAUCAUAUUUCCUAACAUUUAAGCUUAACUCUACCAGUUGCAAUAUUUACUGUAUUCCCCAUAAUGCAUCCCUGUUAGAAAAGCAAGAGUAAUAGAUUGGAAUGACUCACUGUGCUGCCUGUAGCACUAGGUCCAGCCUACGAACCUCAGGCAGUGCACAACCCACACCAGUCCCAUGUGCUACAUGCAGAGCAGGACCAAAUAAGUUUGACAGCCCUGUGUUAGAAUUAUAUCUUGGGAUAUUUUUCACUAGAGUGAUAUGCUGUGUACUGAAGUGCUUUGCUAAAUGCUGCUGAACCUUGGAUUUAAAGAUAUUUGGUUGAUUUACUAUAAAUAAAAGUUUGAAAGCUUA